AUGGCAGCUCAAACCGAUGGUAUUCACUUAUCUACUACGAAGAAGAAGAAGAGACUCCUCAUCCAUGAGGGGUUUUCGUACACCAAGGACAAGGACGAACUACAGGACACGACUUACUGGAGGUGUGAGCGGCGAGGCGAAUGCAAGGGACGCUGUAAAACUGUCAGGGAUGACGUGUUCAAGACCGUUCCCCACUGCCACCCACCGGAUGCGACGCGUGUCACAGUCGAGAAAGCCAAGGAGGAGCUACGGACAAGGGCCGCAACGACAAUUGAGCCAACGAUUGCCGUUCUGAGAGCUGCAACGAAUGAUAUGUCUGCUGAUUGCCUAUCCUCGUUACCUAAGGCAUCAUCCCUUAAGAAAUCUAUCCAGCGCGAACGGCUUGCUGCCGGUAAUCAAUAG